AUGUCCCUAACCAGAUUUGUCAGCGUUUGUGUCGAUAAGACGAAAUGUAGAUUCCGUCACCGAUAUGAUGAAAGCCAUAACAACAUUGCAACAUUACACCAUUUGUGUUCCACAAAUGAAAAUCCGAUUCAUGACAAUUGUCCGAUCGGAGCCGACAGCUGGUGCGAGUGGCGGAAGGCUCAGGCGGCAGGUCAAGAAAAAUUGUUCAACCAUCCACCCCCACUUCACCCAGAUGUCGCUAAACACAUACACUCAAUUUACGAAGAACUUUCGAAGGAAGACCUGCUAAUUCGAUGUUUAGGUGGCCAUACCCAGAACGAAAGCUUCAAUUCUACAGUCUGACGCCUAGCACCGUAACAUUUAAAUUCAGGCAUAAAAAUGAUCGAAAUUUUUAAUGAAGGGUACUUGUCCAUCCUACGAAUAAUGAACGCACUAUAAAUAAACGUUGGACAACAGAGCAAAUUUUUUGGCGAUUCGCACGACGCGCAACGAGUCUCAAGGCAGGAGCGCCGCAGAUCAAGCAGCACGAAGGAGACUCGAACAGCUUGCAGACUGCUUCAAAUGCAACAAAACGAGUUUCAUGAGGAAGCGGAAGGCUUGGUGUAUGGACCUGGUAUAGCACAUUAA